UAGAAGUAAAGUGACAUCUCAACUGUCAAGAGUGUUCUUUUGAAGAAAAACAAAAUCAAUUUUUAUUUUAUUCUAAAUCAAAAAGAAAAUAAACCAAAAUGCAAAACGAAAUUCAAGUUCAAGCCGCCAACAAUUAUCUUUCGGGAAUGUUUUUACAAAAACUCUACCCUCCUACAUCGGAGCCCAUGGAUCUAAAGUCUUUUGCCUGUUAUCAAGAAUUGACACCGGAGAGUGUUGACACUGUCAUCGAUUUCGAAAUGAAGAAAGUAAUGGCCAAGUAUGCUGCCGAAGAAGAAUCUUUCGUCGAUCAGAAAUUAAUCGAGAAUCCAGUGAUCUGUGAACGUCGACAAUCAAAUCGGUCUGGAUCCGAAUCAAGUUCAUCAACUCGUGAUCCAUUGCAACAACAGAGAGCGGAAUCGUGUCGGAAGUCAAGAAUCAAUAACAAAAUCAAGAAAGCCAAAUCGAAGUUCCGUCAUAAGUUCAUCACAAUGAAAUUGGCACAAAAUGCUGCUGCCCUGCAAUGUAUUCGAGAUGUGAUUUCCCAUGCCGAAGCGAAGCUCAAGAGUACCGGAUAUAGUGAGGCUGCAUUGAGGAAGCUGCGGAAUGCGAUGGGCGUUGACAGAAUGGAAAUCGAUAAUUUGACAGAUAUUACCCGACAGUUGGGCAAUGUUUCUGACAAUUAAGAUAGAAUUUUUAAUAAGUAAUUUUUAAAAGAAAUGUAAAUAAGUAAAUCAAUGUAAAUAAUGUAAUAAUUUAAAAGAAAGUUAAAAAUACAAAAUAUUUAUUAUUUAUAAAAUGUAU